AUGGCUAAGCGUCUUGAAACAGUGAUAAGUGAGUGGCAGAAAACACUGGACACACUGGUAGCUAAAGUCAGUUCACUAGAAGCACGGAUCGGUGAGCAAUCUACGAUUAUCACUAAUCAAUCUCAGCUGAUUGCCCGGCUCAAUUCAGUGACGUCAGAGAUGUCGUUGACCGCUACCCGCCAGCUGACGCCCGAGCAGGCCGCGCCGCCCCCGGCAGCGCUGCAGCGCCCCGUCCGACAAGCUCGGCUGAACGCAGGUUUGGCACUUAGCGCUAAAAAGCAAGCGAAGAAGACCCUGUUCGUGUCCCAGCCGCGGGUACCAACAAAUUCUUCAUCGAAGCCACCCGAGACUUCCCGAGUGGCUACCGAAGACAAUCCGACGUCAGCUGUACAGGAGGCGGCCCCGAAACUAGCGACAAUUUCUAGCGACAGCGAAUGGAAGAUUAAAGCUGCUACGACCGAGUCAACACGCCCGCUGUGUGGCCCCCGGGCGUGCGUUAUUCGGACUGGUUUCUCGUGCGCGCCCGACCGAGCGAGCGGGCCAGCACCACCCCCACCAAGUAAACCCGACCAUCAUCGUGACGACAUCAGCGACCCCGCGCCGCCCCCCGCGUCGCCCCCCGCGCCGCGGCGGGCCUUCACGGUGACUCACCAGAACGCGCAGUCGCUCAACAACAAGACGAAGCGCCUGGAAGCGCUGCUCCUGCAGGACCUACAGUGCGAUGUGUUGGCCAUCAGUGAACACUGGCUAACUACUGCUAACUUACAAUCUACGACGAUUUUAAAUUACAAACUGGCAUCCUCAUACUGUCGUACCACUGUUGAGCACGGAGGUACAUGUUUAUACGUUAAAAAUAAUAUUAAUAAAAUUGCCUCAAUAGACGUAGUAUGUGAACUAUCCGUAGAACAAGUGUGCGAAGUAUCUGCUAUAAAAUUAAUUGAUUUUGAGUUAUUGAUUGCGUGUAUUUAUAGGUCCAAUUUGACGCACUGCAAUGAAUUCUUCCCUGUGUUUGAGAACGUGUUGGAUAAAAUAGUCGAGUUAAAUUUUAGAAACAUAAUUAUAGUUGGCGACUUCAAUAUUGACACCUUAGUGACGUCUCCCAACACCAAAAAGCUGACAGACAUCCUAUAUGCUCAUGACCUGGUGAACGUUGUGGACUUCCCUACUCGCGUGCACGGCGCAUCCCGCACCUCGCUGGACCAUGUGUACGUGUGGCGCGGCGCCGGCGCCUCCGCCCGCGCCGCGCCCGUCACCACGCACGUCGGCGACCACCUCGCCGUGCGCGCGCAACUCGACUGCGUGCCCGCCUGUCCCGCGCCGGCCACUGUCACCACUAGACAAAUGACUCGCGCGAAUAAAAUGACUUUUGUCGCAUCAGUCGAAAGCGUAGAUUGGCAGGCCUUUUACACCUGUCCAAUCAGAAGCGUGGACGAUGAUGCCAAAAGUAUAAUUCACACAUUAUACAAUAAAAUUCAAAUAUGCUUCCCUCUACGUACCACGACGAUACGAGCACAGUGUGAUCAAUGGGUUUCAGAGGAAAUACUCAACACAAAGAGAACUAUUUUUGACUUGCUGGAGCUAAACUCAAAACUUGACGACCCAGACCUUCAUAGGCUGGUGAAUAUUUACACUGACAAAUACAAAAUAAUGUUGACACGUGAACGGACGAGUCAUUUGUCUAACAAAAUUAGUGACAGUGAAAAUAAGUGCAAAGCGAUGUGGCAGGUAGUGAACGAGGAACUAGGACGCCAUUCUCGGACCUCGGUCGACUUCACGGACCUUGUGAAGACGCCAGAGGGGUGCAAAUACGCCUCAAAAGUGGACCUCCUCACCGCAAUGAACAAGCGUUUUGUUGAGGCCGCCACCGAGUGCAACGCCCCAAAGGCCGACCUCCUGAUGUCCCGUGCGAUGUUGGGCUCCGUGCGCCGCCCACUAGACCGAUCUCUGCGGUUCAGGCUCUUUACGCCACGGGAAGUCUAUGUCAUCAUUACUAGGCUGAUUCCACCUAAACCUAGUAAAGAUAUUUAUGAUAUGUCCUGCGACCUAAUGAGACUGAUCGCACCGUCGGUCUGUACCACGCUGGCUGCUCUCUAUAACCGAUGCAUACGCGAGGGGAUAUAUCCCGUGUCCCUUAAGCGCGUAAAAAUUUCACCAAUUUUUAAGGGCAAAGGGAAAAAGGAGGACGGGAACGCGUAUCGCCCUGUUGCUAUUAUCCCAGCUCCUGCAAAAGUUCUAGAGAGCGGCAUCAGCGCGCGGCUCACGGAGUUCCUCAACGACGCGGACGUGCUGACCGAGCGGCAGUACGCGUACCGAGCGGGCCGGUCCACCACGGACCUGACGCGCGAGGUGGUGUGGCAGGUGCUGCGCGCGCGCGACGCUAACCGGCAUGUCGCUGUCCUAUGCUGCGACCUAUCGAAAGCUUUCGAUGUGGCUGAUCACUCCAUCGUCACGGCCAAACUGGAGCACUAUGGGGUCAGGGGACCUGCCCUCAAUCUCCUUAACGACUUCAUGUCAGAUAGACAACAAGUUGUGGUGGGAGAAAGAGGGCUGGUUAGGUCACUCGAGAUGGGAACUGAGAUCGGGGUUCCGCAAGGUUCGUCGGUCUCCAACAUUAUAUUUUCCCUACUGAUGAAUGACCUACCUGAUUCCAUACCUGACGCUCACGUGACGAUGUAUGCUGACGACGUUGCAGCGACUGUCACUGGAAGCUCAGUCGAAGACCUGGAGGAGCGGCUGUGUGUAGUUGCCGGGCAGCUAGCUAAAUGGUUUCGAAUCAAUGGCUUAGCCUUGAAUCCGAAGAAAACUCAUCUGCUGCACUUUAACCUGGCAGGUAGACGCGGUCGCCCACUCCAGGUGACACUUGAGAAUGAAACCUUGUCGCAAGUCAAUGAGACCUGCUUUCUAGGGUUCAGACUGGACAGCGGCCUGUUCUGGGAUGCGCACAUCGACUGGCUGUGCGGCCGACUCGGGGGCGCGUGCUUCGCGUUGUCGCGGCUCGCAGCCACCGUCCCGAGUGAGGUGGUGAGAUCGUGCUACUUUGCCACGAUCCAGUCACUCCUCACAUAUGGAAUCGAGCUGUGGGGCCGCGCGGCUGACUGGCACAGGGUAUUCGUCAUGCAGAAAAGAGCAGUGCGUGCUAUAGCCCGAGUUCGAUGCGAUGAGUCGGCACGUGACCAUUUCAUCGCGCUCAAUCUGCUGACGGUACCCUCCUUGUACAUACUGCAGGUAGCCUUGUUUGUCAGGAAAAAUCUGCAGUUGUACAAGCAAAGCCAAAGAGCCAGACGCGCGGGGCAGCUGCUCGCCGUCCAGCACCGGCUGGCGAGGUGCGCGCAGUCCGUGUACGUGUGUGGCCCGGAGGUCUACAACGCUAUACCUACUGAGAUCAAGGAUGCGCCGUCACUGCCAGCUUUCAAACAAUAUCUAAAAAGAUGGCUUGUCCAGCACGCCUUCUACACUGUGGGUGAAUUCAUUAGCAGGAAGACUUAA